GGUGCAUCAGGGGAUGAGAGAGGUCAACAAGCUUCCCACUGCCUGCACCGUUGCUGGUUGGCAGCCCUGGAGCCCUUGGCCACCAGGCCCAAAGACCAGUUGAGGCCCAUGGGCCCCUGAGGGGUCUGAGCUAACCUGAGCCGCUGGGGCACAGCACAGCCCUGGGGCCACCGAGGCAAAGGUGAGAGCUGCUGCCCUCGCCUCCCCACCCUGCCCCACCUGUCUGUGCCCCUUUCAGCCUGGCACCAGCAGCUUUGCCCCCUUUGGUCCAGCGCUCGCUCUCUCUCGCUCUCUCUCUCUCUCUAUCAAGGCCCAGCUUUCUUCAGUGUCACACAGAGCAGGUGGAAUCCCCUGUGGAUUACAGACCCUGGGAAAGGAAUCUUUUGCAAGAGACACAGCCAGUGGGCUGAAGAUUUAAACACCUCCUUCCUGCCUGCAGGCCGGCCCUGGCUGGGGUGGAGGUGGUUCUGGGCCAGGCAGGAGGGUGAGAAAUUCUGAGAAAGGCCCACUGGGCCCCAGCCUGCAUCUCAGCUCCAGGCUCUUGCUGCCCACUUCUUGGCACUGGGUGCCCCAAACCCAGCAGAGGGACACAAGCAUCCUGAUUGCACCUGCUCUGCCAGGUGCUGAGUUCCAGACGGUCAGCUGGACACCCGGGGCAGCAAGGGAGUGCAUCCACCCCGGCUGCUCCCCCGGGCUCUUUCUUCCUGUUCCUGCCCUGAGAGAGGCUCGCUCCUCAGAAUCUGGAGUCCAGAAUCAGAUGGGCUUCCUGGAAAAGGAACGUGGUGAGUGGCGGACUGGCGGGAGGGGAGGGGCUGUUUCCUUCCUCUUUUCUGGUCCGUGAGUCCCUGCUGUCAGUGUGACUGGCUCACUACAGUGCAUCAGCAUGGGGCAGCCGCUGCCCCCAGUGGCUCUGCUGCUUCUAGUCUCAGCUUCCUCGCGGGCUGCAGAUGUCCCCAAGGCGCUGGUGCUCCUGGACCCUCCGUGGGCCAGCGUGCUCAAGGAUGACCAUGUGACUCUCAAGUGCCAGGGGCUCCACCCUGCUGGGGACAACACCACACAGUGGCUGCACAACGGGAGCCUCCUCUCCAGCCAGGCCCCCGCCUACACCAUCACAGCUGCCAGGGCUGAAGAUGGGGGCGAGUACAGGUGCCAGACGGGCCUGUCCUCGCUCAGCGACCCGGUGCAGCUGCGUGUCCAUCUCGGCUGGCUGGUGCUUCAGGCCCCGCGGUGGGUGUUCCAGGAAGGGGAGCCCAUUCAGCUGAGGUGCCACAGCUGGAAGAACAAUAAGCUGCACAAGGUCACCUAUCUCCAGAAUGGCAGAGGCCUGAGGUAUUUCCAUCAAAAUUCCGACCUCCACAUUCCAGAAGCCACGCGCAACCACAGUGGCUCCUACUUCUGCAGGGGCCUCAUCAGGCACCACAACGUGUCCUCGGAGACUGUGACCAUCACUGUUCAAGGUCCAGCAAAUCCAGUCGUCUCGUCCUCCGUUCUCCCCUGGCACCAGAUCGCCUUCUGCCUGGUGAUGGGACUCCUGCUUGCAGCAGACACGGGGCUGUACUUCUCCGUGCAGAGAGACCUCCGGAGCUCACAGAGGGCCAGGAAAGAGCACACACUGGGGUGGAGCCUGGGCUCUCAGGACAAGUGACCCCUGACCCUGGGGGAAAUGAAAGGGCGGUGGCAGCAUCAGAGCUCCGAAUGUCCCCCUGAGUUUGCCAUGCCCUCAUCCCCACCCGGCAUCUCUGCCGGCAGGAAGAAGCCCGCAGGGCCCUCCCCAGUGGAAGGAAGAGGCCUGUGAUCUCCAAGUGCCAACAGUGAUGCCCGGGGGACCCAAAUCUCAGAGAUUCACAAAUCCUCUGUCCAGCCCAACCACUCCCUUGCAGCAAAUCAGCUCUGGAUGGUGACCCUUUAAAUGUGCAGAAGUCGGUGCUGGCCCUGUGGCUCAGUAGGUUAAACCAUUGCACACAGUCAUCCUGUAUGGCCACAUGUUCUAGUCCCAGCUGCUCCUCUUCUGACCCAGCUCUCUGCUAUGGCCUGGGAAUGCAGUGGAAGAUGGAUGAAAUGCUGGGCCCCUGCACCUGUGUGGGAGUCCCAGCUCCUGGCUCCUGGCUCUGGAUCAGCUCAGCUCUGGCCAUUAUGGCCAUUUGGGGAGUGAGCCAGUGGAUGGAAGACCUUUUUCUCUCAUUGUCUGUAACUCUACCUCUCACAUAAAUAAUAAAUAAAAUCUUUUAAAAAAUGCA